AUGCAAGUAGCGGAUUUUGAAACGCACCCGGGAUGGAGAAAAGCGGUUCAGCGAGAUCCUUCAAUGAUACCCCUGCCUCCAGCGAGACACUUCUUGAGUAAUUUCAAACCAAAGACCCUCCCCACCUAUCUCCAUACUUUGCGUGCCACCCCGACGUCCGACAGUACAACAUCCACUGAUGGUAUGGUUGAGAUUGGAAAACGAUACUUCGCCUCGAUCUAUGACGGUGUGGAUCCUCCCCGUUCGACAGAACUUGAGAAGUGGCUCUCCAUACUCAAUGGGGUUCAACUAACCCCUGAACGAAGAGAAGAUUUGGAACAACCCUUUAAUUUGGAAGAGCUAGAUGCGGCACUUCUGAGCAUGAACAAUGGUGCGUCGCCUGGUGAAGACGGUAUCUCGGUAACAUCUUUGAAGACACACUGGAAAACAUUGGGUACACUUCUUGUGCAAGAAGCCGAGUCCCUACAAAACGGUGUUCUUCUGCCAUGUUUUGAAGAAGUAAUCAUUACGCUUAUUCCGAAACAAGGCACAUCGGAACUGAUUCAAGAUUAUCGACCCAUCUCCCUUUCACAAUCUGGUUUAUGUGUCAUUUCGAGAGCCAUGAAUACGCAGGUAUUGGUCAAGCUAGGUUUUGGCCCAAAAGCAGUAGCCUUCGCCAUUGCAAUAACCUCACAACAGAAGGGACGAGUUGAAAUUAACAAAACUCACAGCACGCUUUUCCCGCUCUCUAGCGGAGUGAGACAAGGCAAUCCGCUUCUGCCAACGCUUUACAUCCUUUCACUUGAACCGUUAUUGCGGUGGAUCAAUUUGCGCCUCGAAGGAGUUACUUUUCUGACGCAACACAAGGGUCCCCGAUAUUGUGCUUUCGCUGAUGACAUCGCUGUUUUCAUCACGACUUACUCUGACGUCAGACAUCUUCGAGAUUUACUCGAAACAGAUGCCGCAAUGUCGGGUUCGCAAAUCAACAAGCACAAGUCGGUAUUUUAUACCUUCGAUUCUGAAUUUGGUGAAAGACUUGGGGAUUUAUUGGACUUCCAGGUCAAAGACUUUAAUGAUGCGCUGUUCAAAUACCUUGGAAUUAACUAUGCGGGUGUGAAAUGGGACCAAGUAAUUUCGCGACAGAUGUGGCGGUUAUCAAGCUAUGACCUCAAUAGCUACCCACCCCACCUUCGUGCCCAGGCGAUAAAUUCAUUGUUCCUUUCCAGAGUGAUAUACCGCGACCUCACCUGUCCAAUGCCAGAAGCCACGAUGAAGAAGUUGGAUGGACUAAUUCACAAAAGUUUUUUCAACGGCAUUUCUUCUGACCGGGCGUAUGGCCCCGUGAAUAAGGGCGGAUACGGUCUCCUCAAAUUUCAACAGCAACUUUUGGGACGCCGCGCGAAAAUGAUUUUUGAUCUUUUCCAGCCAAAGGCGCGCGACAACUGGGCAAAGGAUGAUUUCAUCGAACGCCUUCUGCUGAUCGCGACCUUACAAGGGCUUCCUCCGAGCCCGCGUGCCUGGUGCAACCUACUUUUGGAUCCUGAUAAUCUUGAUGAAAUCACUGCCUCAAACUUAAUUGAGCCACGGGAACAAGCCUGGCUUGAGGCAUGGGCGAAGUUAGUGAAGGUGAAACAGGUCCCUCCGGAUAUCACAUCGGAACCUAAAGUUGCAGAACUACCACAACUAGUUCUUCAGGGGAAGCAUGAUCCAGAUGGAACGACGCUUUCGGUUCAAACCUUCCACAAUACCCACAAGAAACUGUACAAUAAGAGGAAAUGGAUUGACGUCCCCAGAUGGCCAGAGAAGUAUUUUGGAAACGGCAUGCCUCCAAACCCGCAGGAAUGGAGAAUAUUUUGGAAUCAAGUACUGAAGAUUACCAACAAGCAACCAUGGUCUAUGGAAAUUGUUUGGCAAUUUUACCACGGGUAUACUCAAACUUGGAAAUGGAAAACCCAUCUUCGGUUAACAGCAGACAUACAUGCUUCCUUCUAUUUCCCAAGCUGUACUCUUUGCGCCGCGAUCACAUCACAGGAACAGCAAAUCAGCAACCACACUACGUGGAACGAUGCCACUGCUGAACAUAGGUCGCAAUUUGACAGACGUCUCAGAUCUAUCCAGGACGGUCUUGGAAAUAUACGACACACCUUAUGCGAGUGUCCGGUUUCAAAAACCAUAUUCAGCAUGGUGAAUCGUAAAGACCAUCCCUACCACUCAGUGACCGCUUUGUUACCCCCCCGCCGUUUUUCCCUGGUUGAACUCAACGAGGUAGCUUGCUACUUGCGAGCGACACUCCUCCUUGAGAAAGAAACACGACUAAGUGGGCGGGCUCCUGUCUCAUGUACAGAAGCCACACUUAAACCGUGGAUCAAAAACAACCAACACUACAUUACGACGGGAAAGGGACAACACAAGGUAUAA